ACACGGACCAAAAUCAGUUUGAAUUUCGCUUUCGAUCUGGUUGGUUGUGUUUUUUGGCUUCUCUCUGCGUGCGCCGUUCGUAGGUGGGAAAAACGGAAAACAACAACAGCGAAGAACAGAAAACAGAAGAACUUGCUGCAAACCGAAUCGAAAAAAUCGAAGAGGAACACUUCUUCAACUCCAGUUUACAUUUGGUCCUGCGAAUUUAAAAACCAAUCGGAAAUUUACACUCUCCUCUAUUCCUUUCUGUUUUGCCGGCAAAAACAAAAAAACCAGAAGCGGCAAAAGAGAGGCGCAAAAACAAACGCAGAAAGCGAAGCAAAAUGUGAAAAAUUGCCGAACAUGGCGCCGCGUGUGUGAACGAGAGCGAACGAUCGUGUGAGAGGGAGAUAGGGACAGGGACGGAGCGAAGAUAAACAAUAAAAAACAAUUUUUGAUACUUAACGUUCUACAACAACAAUAAACUCAGCUCAGGUACAACAACAAAUCAGAAAAUUACGAAAAAACACAACAGACUGCAUUGACGGGAAUUUUUCCAAGUAUUUUUGAUACACACAGCAAAGAGGUGUACGAUUUUUAAGCAAUAAGUGAAAGCAAUUACCCAUCAAGUUUAAAGUAAUACCAUCUCUCGGUAGAACCCCACUCGGAAAAUCCGUAUAUAAACAAUUGAAAAAUUAAUCUAACCAGACUAAAUCGCAGAAUAACAAGCAUUUACUAUACACAAACUACAAGAAAUAAAUUCCGAAAAUAAAAAUCUAUAAAAUCCGUACAACUGAACAUAAUCAGACUUUUGUCUGCAAAAUUUCGAAAAAUUUACAAAAAACCCGCUAAAAUUCACGAAAACUCACUGGAAAACACACGCCAGACCAGCAGUUGAGAAAUAUUCUGGAAUCGGUUCAAAAAUAAAUAAAUAUAUGCCAGCAGCAUUUAAAUAGACCGCAAAUCGCGCAUCGAAAAAAUCAACAAGCAAUAUUUUUGAAAUUUAUAAUCGUGCUCAAAAUGCUGAUACGAAAUAGAGAUUGAGGAUUCUCGAGGACAGCCAACAAAAUCUUUUCUCGCUGCAAAGAGUGCAUAUUCUCAUAGGAAGCAAACACAAAUUUAUGGCUCCGCGUCGCAACAGCAACAUCAGCAGCAGCGGCAACAGCACCCAGCAGCAGCAUCACCAGCAGCAGCAUCAUCAGCAACAGUUGCAGCAGCAUCAGCAGCACCAGACGCAGCAGCAGCAACUGCUGCAGUUCUACGCGGAGAACGCGAAUUCUUCAGGCGUCCUAAUGGCGCCCAUGCAGGGAACUGCUGGCGUUGGCGGUGGCGGUGGUGUGGUCCACUGCUGCCUGCCCAGCGGAGAUUGCCGCAAACUGGACACGCUGAUACCGCUGAACGAGCUCUCCCUGGCGGACUGCAUCCGCGUGCUGUGCAACAACGAAAACUGCAGCGCCGGCCAGUACAUGCAUCGUGAGUGCUUCGAGUGGUGGGAGGCGAGUGUCCUGCAGGCGCUCAAGUCCAAUGGCCGUGCUCGUUCCUGGUCGGAGCGGCAGCGUCUGCAGCAUCUGUGGACCAAGAAAGGCUACGAGCUGGUCCAGAAGGCUUGCAGUUGCAAGUGCGGCAGGGGGCAGCUGCGCAAGGAUCUCGACUGGGUGCCACCGAGCAGCCAGGGCGUCAUUUACCUCAACGGGUCAACGGUGGGCAAUGGUAGGGCCAAUCUGGGCAAUGGCAGCCUCAGCGAGGACGACGACAAGAAGAAGGCCAAGAAGAAGCGGAACCGCAACAACAACAACAACAACGGCGGCGGCGGUGGUAAUGGCAACGCCAAAAUCCCCCUGAGCAACAACAACGGCAACAGCUACGCCGGACUCACGCCCAAUCCGAAUGUGGGCGUCAUAGGAUCUGGUCUGCCCCACAACAACGGCAACACCACCUCCAAUGGCAGUGGCAGCAAUGGCUCCUCCUCCGGCCUGCUGCAGCCCAGUGCGCUGGCCACGUUGAGCAACAUCCUCAAUCCGAACAAUGUCCUCGGCCUGGACCUGCGCGCCCGUGCUGGCAGCCUGUCCUCCAGUGGAGCCGGCAGUGGUUCCACCUCGCCAUCGGCCUCGCAGUCCAGUGGCGAGAUAUCCGUGUCGCCGGUGCAACAAUUGCUGCAACAGCAGCAGCAGCAACAGCAGUCGCUGCUCAUCCAGCCUCUGGGUCCCGCUUUCGGCAGCAAUCUGCUGCAAAAUGGACUGGGCUUGUCCAAGAACCUGCUGAUUGCUCCCCAGCAGCAGCAGCAACAACAGCAGCAGCAGCAGAAUAACCUGCCUGCUUUGGCCAACAUCAGCAACUUCAAGCCAUUGGCCAGCUACGAGCAGCAGCAACUGGUGCAGCAGCAGAAGAACAAGGAGGUGGAACUCUAUUCCGAGCGAGUGCGCUCCACAUCUGGCUGCAAUGGGAUCUUUUCGCGUCGCCUGGACUUUUCGUCGUUCAAUUUGCUGCCAAAGACUCGUUUGAAUUCUUAUCAAGUCAAGAUUGAGGACGAGGGCAACCACGGCAACGAUGAGACGCGUCUCUUCAUCCUCUCCUCGCUGGCCCAAUCCCAGAUGAGCCGGGUGGCCUGCAUUUUGUGCGAGGAGCCGCUGCUCGUAUUCGAUCGCUAUCCACUGGUCGAUGGCUCCUUCUUCCUGAGUCCCAAGCAGCAUUCCAGCGGCUGCAUCGAGGUUAAAUACGAGGGACGCACUCUCUACUUGACCUGUGUGUGCAUGAGCUGCCUGGACGGAACCUCCAGCAGCCGCGUCAUCAACUGCAGAUUCUGCAAGGAGCCGUGGGAUGGGUCCAGCCUGGUUUUGGGCACCAUGUACGCCUACGACAUCUUUGCGGCCAUGCCCUGUUGCGCCGAGCGGUUCAAGUGCAAUAACUGCUUCAAGAUGCUGAUGCAUCCGCAGCAGCGUCUGAGCUUCUACAGUGACUACUCGCACGGAGUGACCUGUCCGUACUGCAACACGCAGGACACGCACUUCGUGAAGCCGCUGAGCUUCUGCUACGCCAAGAGCCCGGCGACGCGGCUGCCGACGCUCGCAUAACAUGAGGCCCCGUUGGAGUCGCCCGUGGGAACAGGUGCCACCGCCACUCAGGUGCCAAACGCCCAGGGCGCUCCAACGGCCUCCGGCUGCAGCAGCAACACCAUCGCCAUCGCCAGCAAGCAGCCACCAAAGCAGCCGCUCUACAAUGCCGCCAUCGAUUAUUCGGCACCGCUGCAGCAGCAAAUUAAUCCGGACUUGAUUGGAGCCCAUCCGCAUGCCCAGCAGCAUCAGCAGCAGGUGCGGCAGCAGCAACAGCAGCAGCAGCAGCAACCACAGCAGCAGCAGCAGCAACAACAACAGCAGCAGCAACAAACACAACAGCAACAGUCACAACAGCAGCAGCAACAUCAGCCUGCGGUCAGCUCAUUUCAGAGGAGCAACUUCACUCAACAGUCGCAUAAAAGCAUGAACAUGAUGGCCAUGACAGAUGUGAUGAGCAAGUACCAGCAGCAACAGCAGCAGCAACAGCGCCAGCAGCAACACAACCUGCAGCCACAGCAGCAACAUGCAACACAGAAAGGACUCGAGGGCCUUCUAUUGACCAAUACCAACACAAGCAACAACAAUAGCAGCAGCAGCAGCAGCAGUAUUAGUAACUUAAUCAUUAGCCAUAAUUCAGCCAGCAAUACAGGCAACAAAAUGCAGCCCACUUGGGGCCAAAGUGAUGCCAUCUCGGCAUUGUGGGGCUGCUCCAGCAGCAGCAGUGGCUGCUCCUCGGGCAGUGGAUCGCAGCCCUCGUUGAGUCCGACGGCCAGCAGCAUUGGCAACGAUGGCUCCAAGAUGAUGUUGUGGGCGGCCCAAAGCUCGCCGCAAAAUGCUGCAACACUCAGGGAUACAGGAUUCAAGGAGUUGCAGCGCCAUCAGCAGCAGCAGCAACAACAGCAGCAGCAGCAGGUGCCACAGCAACUGCCACAUGCAGCCUCGCCCACAGCCUCGCUGACCAGUUCCAGUUCCUCCUCGAACGGAUGGAGCGCCUCGCAUUAUGGCAAGCCCAACAUCUGGGAGCUGCCAGGAUCCGCUGGCCAAAGGACGCCGGCCAGCAGCCACGACAUCUUCACCGAUCUCCUGUGCAACCUGAGCAUCAGUCAGGACAACAGCAGCCAGCAGGCCAAGGCCGAUGCCUCCGACGUCAGCUCGAAUUCCUCCUCGUCGGCCGGGGAGCUCCUGGAGGCAGCCAAUAUCUGGCGGUUUCCGGAGUACGCCAGUCAGCAGCUCUACAACGAGGAGCCCACUGGCGGCGCAGCUGCCUGCAUGCAGCUCUUCAACGACUAUCUCAACAUGAACUAAAACGAAGGAUUAGGAGCCACAACAGCCUGCAGCAUUUGUUACUCUAGCUAAAUUGAAAAACAAAAGUUGAGGAAAAAGGAGUAAGCAGGAAGAGGAGAGGCUAUAUAUAGGAGCCACUCCUGGAGCGAAUGUUUUAGUUUUUAAAAUCAUUUGAUUUUUUAUACAUCUAAACACACAACACAUCUAAAACCGAGAGAAAACAAAGCAAACUAAAAA